AUGCUCCGUUUGCGCGCCGUCUGUCGUUCAUUUCGCGCCACAAUUCCUCUUCCUUCAGGACAAUACCCAUUCCCACACUCUAUUCUAGCCACCACCGACUUCCUCGAAGGCCCGUUCCCAGAUGAAGAAGACCACUUUGACUUCACUGUCUCCACUGUUUAUGCCAUCGAGCCCCUCAACAAAACCUCCCAUACCCACGAAGAAGAAACUCCUCAAACGUGGGUGGUCAGAGUCCAAGAGCGAAACCCAGGUAGAGUCCGAAUCAUUGAUCCAAUUUUUGGUUCAGAAUGUAAAGACUUGUCCGAUCACUUACCAAAGUCUUUAAAUUUGUUGGAUUAUCGGGUUACUGAAAUAACUAAGUCAUACCAACUUGUAUCAACUGAUGAACAGCAUAUUGUUGUGAAAUUGACAUUUUCAUCGUCUCUUGAUGAGAAUGAUGAUGAGUUUGCUGUUAUGGCGAGAGAUAAUGAUAUGAAAGAACUAGGAAUCUGGAGAAAUUUAGACAAGAAAUGGAGUAUAAUCGACAUGGGACUUCAAUAUCCUGAGGUCUUGGAGGAUAUUAUUUAUCAUAAUCACAAGUUUUAUGCUGUGCUCCCCAAGGGCCAUACUGUAACUGUGGAUCCUAAAUCUUUGGCUGUUACUGGAGUUGCAGAAAAGCUACAGUUGGAUUGGGAAUAUUGGAUGAUAUACUCGAUCGCGCUGAAUAAUGAUUUGUUUUUGAUUGUUCAGUUCCAGGAGUACGAUGAUUAUGAUGAGUAUAAUAUCGCAAUUUUUAAGCUUAAUGAAGAGAACCAAAAAUGGGUUCCAGUUGUGGAUGGAUCAGAGUUGGAAGAUAGAGUGUUGUUUGUGGGUAAAAGUAGUUGUGCAUAUUCGUUUUCGAUGAAGGAGGUCGCGGGUUGUAGGUUUUGGGGUCUUAAUUUUGUGUCGUUCCGAUUUCCGAAGAGAAAAUGGCUGAUAUGUGUAUGUUUGUAUAUAUGGUUGUUAACUUCAAAGACAGGCAAGAGCUCACUGUCAAUACUGGGGAGAAACAGAGAAGAGGCAGCGGAGAUGAUAGUGAGGAAACAUCCCAAGCUUGAUGCUAUGAUGGUUAAAGAAGGAAGCAUAGUGAACAUUUGCGGAUAUGGUUUGAUUGUCAGUCGACAACCAUGGAAGGGUGAAGCGAAUGCCGCCAAUCAAGCAGAGAAUGGUGAAAUGAAUACUUGA